AUGGCUCCUCGCAAAUUCAAUUUAAAUGGCAAGACCUUGACUGCUCCUCUAGCAGCUGCAACCAUGGCACUACUCCUAUUCACAUACACCCGCACAUCCAUCCGGGCAGCCAAGCAGAAUGCUCAAAAACAUCGCGAAGCAGACGGUGGACAAAUCGAUUGGGCCAAUGAAAGUUUAAGGCGUCAUGGACAAUUAGAUGCACCUGUGGAGCAAACGACUGUGAAACAAUUAUUAGGAACGGCGAAAGAUAAUUUGGAGGAAUUGAGGAGGAGAGGAAAUGCGCCUGAGAGGCAUGAAGUGGAGAGGAAGUUGAGAGAGAGAGCGGCGAAGGGAAGAGAAGGUGGUUUUGCUGGGAAAGCAGAAUAAUGUCGAAUGAAAAUAACAAUGGAGAUGGGAACGGUGUUUAGGUUUAUUGAAGUACACAGCUACUUCACCGAUUUAUCUUUCGAGGUUACAUGUGGGAGUUUAAGGAGAUCUUUACAAGACUGCAUAUUCAGGUCAAGGUGGAAUAUCAAACAAUCAUUUGCCAUGAUGGCUAAUACCAUCUAUAAGUACAAUUCCCCUGUUCACAAAAAGGUAUAAUUCAGAUACGAACGUCUGUAAUAUCUUCCAUAAACACAAAGGCCG